AGAUGAAGAUGGUUCUGCGGGCAUCAGUGCUGGUGGUGCUGACAGUGGCUCUGUGCACAGAGCUGGGUGCGGCCCUGUGGUGCUACACCUGUCCCCAGGAGACUGACCUCUCCCAGUGCACACACGUCAUCAACUGCUCCCCGGAGGACACCAUGUGCAAGACUACCACUUACUCUGUGGACUCAGGUUACCCCUUCUUUGGCAACAUCACCGUCACCAAGGGCUGCGCCAGCAAAUGUGUCCCCUCCGACGUGGAUGGCAUCGGGAUCACUCGGCCCGUGUCCUGCUGCAACACAGACCUGUGCAAUGCAGACGGGGCGGCCAGCCUGACGGGCAGCACCCUGACCCUGGGGGCAGCCGCUGCUCUCACCCAUCUCCUGCUCCAGCUCUGGCUGUAACUGGUCCUGUCCCUCAGGCAAGCAGUGGAAUUUA